AAAGCGCGGCCGCCAUUUUGAGAUUUACCUCAGACUCAACACAUCACAAACCACGGGAGGAGCGGGUUGAGAGCCACACAGCUCAGGCUAGCGUUGUAUGACCGGGCACAUUCCUCAUAAGAAACAAGAGGUUAGCUCGAAAUGCAACGAGCUGCCGCGUUUUGUCGUUUAUCGUGUUAGGGGCGGUUUGGGGGAAUUGGUUUAUGUCGGGCAGUGGCAACUCUCGUCUCCGCGAACUUCCAAAUCAACAUUAGUGCUAUUCCGUAUUGGAAACUGCUUUGAAUGGAUAGCUUUUUCCUCCGCUCUCCCCCAGACGAGGGACAAUCGGAGGAGCACACGGACUGGGGAUAUCGCAGGCAAAGUUGUUGAAUGUGUGUCUAUAGCAAAUGAGCCUUUGUUUUCAUUGUUGUUGUACCUAUAUUAGCAGUUGGCUGCCUAGUGUCAGGUAGUUUAACGCUAGCUAUAAACAGGGUAUUUGUUCCACAAGGUGCAGGUCGUGCUGUGCGUUGUCUUAUUACCCCAUAUUUUCCCGGGGUAAAGCCGGAUUGAUUUAGCUAAUUUCUGUGGGCCUCCCUGCUCGGAGCCCCGGUCCAUCCAUCCCACCCCCCGCAGUCAGCCAGCGACUCGCACCCACCAAAGGCGCCGAGAUUGGGCGAAUAGCGAGCAAAUACGUCCGCGUUUCUCUACCCGCUCCCCCGCCGACCUCCCCUCCUCACUCCCCGGCGCUGACAGCGGACAAGGCCGAGGUCGCAACAGAGCAGGCCCGGCCGCCGAGGCUCGACCUGUCCACCCCACCUCCGCAUCCUACCACACCUCACCAGCAGUCCAGAACCCGGUUCCCCGCCGAGCCAACCCUGGACAAGGUCGAGGGUAACAGAGAUAGUAGGGAGCCCCGCAUCACUACCACAACAACAACAGCUGCCAACAUGAACCACCACCAUCACCACACGCAGCAGCAGCAGCAACAGAAAGCCGGCGAGCAGCAGCUCAGCGAACCAGAGGACAUGGAGAUGGAAGCUGGGGACACAGACGACCCUCCAAGAAUCCCGGCCAACCCAGUGAUCAAUGGUAACGUGGCCAUGGCAGAUGGACACAACAACACAGAGGAGGACAUGGAGGAUGACACCAGUUGGCGGUCAGAAGCGACUUUCCGCUUUGUGGUGGAGCGCUUCAGCCGCCUUAGUGAGUCGGUGCUCAGCCCGUCCUGCUUUGUCCGGAACCUUCCAUGGAAGAUAAUGGUGAUGCCGCGUUUCUACCCAGACCGGCCACACCAGAAGAGCGUGGGCUUCUUCCUGCAGUGUAACGCAGAAUCAGACUCCACGUCAUGGUCAUGCCACGCACAGGCCAUGCUGAAAAUCAUCAACUACAAAGACGACGAGAAAUCCUUCAGCCGCAGGAUCAGUCACCUGUUCUUCCACAAAGAGAAUGAUUGGGGUUUCUCCAACUUCAUGUCCUGGAGUGAUGUGACUGAUCCAGAGAGAGGCUUCAUCGACGAUGACAAAGUCACCUUUGAAGUCUAUGUCCAGGCAGAUGCUCCACAUGGAGUGGCGUGGGACUCUAAGAAACACACAGGCUACGUUGGACUGAAGAACCAGGGAGCUACCUGCUAUAUGAAUAGCCUGCUACAGACUCUCUUCUUCACCAACCAGCUAAGACGGGCGGUGUACAUGAUGCCCACGGAGGGAGACGACUCAUCCAAGAGUGUUCCCCUGGCACUGCAGAGGGUUUUCUACGAGCUGCAGCACAGCGACAAACCCGUCGGCACCAAGAAACUCACAAAGUCCUUCGGAUGGGAAACACUAGAUAGCUUCAUGCAACAUGAUGUUCAGGAGCUGUGCAGAGUGCUCCUGGACAACGUGGAGAACAAAAUGAAAGGCACUUGUGUUGAGGGAACCAUCCCCAAGCUCUUCAGAGGAAAGAUGGUGUCAUACAUCCAAUGUAAGCAUGUGGACUACCGGUCAGAGCGGAUAGAGGACUACUAUGACAUCCAGCUUAGCAUAAAAGGAAAGAAGAACAUCUUCGAGUCAUUCAAAGAUUAUGUUGCAACCGAGCAGUUAGAUGGAGACAACAAAUACGACGCAGGAGAGCAUGGCCUGCAGGAAGCAGAAAAGGGAGUGAAGUUCCUUACCUUCCCUCCAAUCCUUCAUCUGCAGCUGAUGAGGUUCAUGUAUGAUCCACAGACCGACCAAAACAUCAAGAUUAAUGACAGGUUUGAGUUUCCAGAUCAGUUGCCCCUGGACGAGUUCCUUCAGAAGCCAGACUCCAAGGACCCGGCCAAUUACAUCCUGCACGCAGUGCUAGUGCACAGCGGGGACAACCAUGGCGGUCACUACGUCGUCUAUCUUAACCCAAAAGGAGACGGCAAAGUGAGUGUCAAGGAACCAAUAUGGUGUAAGUUUGAUGAUGACGUGGUGUCACGGUGCACCAAGGAGGAGGCCAUAGAGCACAAUUACGGUGGACACGACGAUGACCUCUCAGUGCGCCACUGCACCAACGCGUACAUGUUGGUGUACAUCCGUGAGUCCAAGCUCAGUGAGGUGCUUCAGCCAAUGACUGACGUGGACAUCCCCCAGCAGCUGGUGGAGCGUCUGCAGGAGGAGAAAAGGGUGGAAGCACAGAAGAGGAAGGAACGCCAAGAGGCUCACCUCUACAUGCAGGUCCAGAUGGUGACAGAGGACCAGUUCUGUGGUCAUCAGGGCAACGACAUGUAUGAUGAGGAGAAGGUGAAGUACACAGUCUUCAAGGUCCUGAAGAGCUCUACGCUGCAAGAGUUUGUCCAGAACCUCUCCCAGACCAUGGGUUUCCCACAGGACCAGAUGAGGCUGUGGCCCAUGCAGGCCCGGAGCAAUGGAACCAAGCGACCCGCCAUGCUCGAUUACGAGGCUGACUGCAACAAGUCGAUGAUCGACUUGAGCGACAACGAGAACCCCUGGACAAUAUUUCUGGAGACCGUGGAUCCAGAGAUGGCGGCCAGUGGCGCCACGUUACCCAAGUUUGACAAAGACCAUGAUGUCAUGUUGUUCUUGAAGAUGUAUGAUCCCAAAACCAGAAGCUUAAAUUAUUGUGGACAUAUCUACACACCUAUAUCCUGCAAAAUAAGAGACCUUCUACCAGUCAUGUGUGAGAGAGCAGGGUUUCAGCAGGAAACUAGCCUUAUCCUCUAUGAGGAAGUAAAGCCCAAUCUAACAGAGCGGAUACAGGACUAUGAUGUCUCUCUGGACAAGGCCCUGGAUGAGCUCAUGGACGGGGACAUCAUUGUCUUCCAAAAGGACGACCCAGAGAACGACAGCAGUGAGCUGCCUACAGCCAAGGACUAUUUCCGGGAUCUCUACCACCGUGUGGACGUCAUUUUCUGUGACAAAACCAUCCACAACGACCCUGGCUUCGUGGUCACGCUGUCUAACCGCAUGAACUAUUUUCAGGUGGCCAAGACAGUAGCGCAGAGGUUGAACACAGAUCCCAUGCUGCUGCAGUUCUUCAAGUCACAGGGGUACAGGGACGGUCCAGGGAAUCCUCUCAGACACAACUAUGAGGGAACACUGCGGGACCUGCUGCAAUUCUUCAAACCUCGGCAGCCCAAGAAACUGUACUACCAGCAGUUAAAGAUGAAGAUAACAGACUUUGAGAACAGGAGGAGUUUUAAAUCCAUAUGGCUCAACAGCCAGUUCAGAGAGGAGGAGAUCACCCUCUACCCUGACAAGCAUGGCUGUGUGCGGGACCUUUUGGAAGAAUGUAAAAAGGCAGUGGAGCUCUCUGAAAAAGGCUCUGAGAAGCUCAGGCUGUUAGAGAUAGUAAGCUAUAAAAUCAUUGGGGUUCACCAGGAGGACGAGCUGCUAGAAUGUUUAUCUCCGGCUGCCAGCCGCACCUUCAGAAUAGAGGAGAUUCCUUUGGACCAGGUGGACUUGGACAAGGACAGUGAAAUGCUAAUCCCUGUCGCUCACUUCCACAAGGAAGUCUUCGGCACCUUCGGGAUCCCCUUCUUGCUUAAGAUCAGACAGGGUGAGUCAUUUCGGGAGGUGAUGAGGAGGAUCCAGACCAUGCUGGACAUUCAGGAGAAAGAAUUUGAGAAGUUCAAGUUUGCGAUUGUGAUGAUGGGGCGGCAUCAGUACAUCACUGAAGACGAGUAUGAGGUCAACCUGAAGGACUUUGAACCACAGCCAGGUAACAUGUCCCACCCGCGCCCCUGGCUAGGGUUGGAUCAUUUCAACAAAGCUCCAAAGAGAGGUCGCUACACCUACCUGGAGAAAGCAAUCAAGAUCCACAACUAAAGCAGCCCUUCCUUCCUCUUUGUCCUCCUCCAUCCUCCUUCUCCUCCUCCUUCUCCUCCUCCUGCUCCGCCUCCCUCCCUACCUAAUUUAACACACCAUAACCACAGACUGUAACCAACCUUGUGUGUGUGCGUGUGUUUGUGUGUGAGAGACUGUGUGGGCGUGCGUGCGUGCUCGUAUGUGUGUGUGUGUUCAUCACUUUUAACACCCCGCCUGGACACCUCUACAGCUCUACACCGGCACUAUGUCUUCAGCGAUACGGAUCUUGCUGCAGCUGAUGGAUUAUCCUUCAACCACAAAAUAAACUGCACCAACCACCUCCUGACUGUUCAUUUUGUUAUUAAUUUUAUUUUGUUAUUUUUGUUUUUUAAUCGUCUCCCUCUGUUUGAGGCUGUUCGGUUGUUGUUUUUUUCUUUUCUGGCUUCUUUACCUGUUGACUGCCUGUUUUUUUGCCUAUCUGGAAGUGGGAGAAAUGAAUUGGAUUUUAAUAUAAAAUGAGCGGAGAGGGGAGAGGAAGUGGGACACAGUAUAAAUAUAAGUAUAUACAUAUAUAUAUACAUAGAUAUAUAUAUGUAUAUGAACUUCUAGACUAGUUUUUUUUCUUUUCCUGCCCCAUGCCAGCUUUUUUUUUCCCUUCAGAUUUUUUUGGGGGUUGUUUUUAAUAGAGUUGUUUGAAGAGGCAUCAUGCUGCUGUGUGGAGAGUUUGAUGGAGGGAUGUUUUUGCAAGAACUAACUGACAGAAAAGAGAGAGGGGAGAGGAGGGCGCGAUGGUCGCAAACCGGCGUCCAUCCCGAGGCUCACUUAGUUUCCCUGAUGUGGUUCUUUAUGUUUUUUCCCUGCUCCCAUCCUUUUAGUGCAACAAAGCAAGUAUUUCCAAGUUUACACACAGUUCUUUCUCACUUAGUUUGGUUGGAGGAAAAAAUGAUUUUUUUUUUUGUCUUUCUGCAGAUCUUGUAUAAUAAAAUAAAAAUCCACAGCAUCUGUUUAAAAAAAUAAAUGGGGAAAAAAAAUAAGGAGGAAAUUUGUCUGUAUUUCAUCUUGCACGUUGGCACUUAAUGUCAGAGGUUUCUCAGGACUGGCAAAUGUACAUUUUGGUUGUGGUUUUGAGUUGCUUGGUGACUUUAAAGGAACACACACACACAUGCACGGACAUUAACUCCCUUGACUUUCUCUUCCAUUUUUUUUUUUUCUUUUUCAGGGGGUUUUAAAUGUCUUUCUCAGUCAUUCCUCUGAACGCAAACACACAAGCUUUCGUCAUCUUUCUCUCUUGAUUGAAAUUGUCUGCCUCCAGGUGAUGGGGAGCAGUAACUGCGCUAUGCUUGGUAGGGAGCUGCAGACACUUCGAGCCCACAGGUUUGAGGAUUGUGUAGAGACAAAACCAGCAUUGUAAGAAACACUUUAAGCCCUAUGAAUUUCUUCUUUUCUUUUUUUUGGGGGGGUGGGGGGGUUUAUUUUUAUUUCCUUUUAAAGCACAGAUGGAAUGCUCCCCUAAUAGCGCAUAGCUGGCUCUGUAAAGACAACAUUUAAGAAUUGUAUAUUUAAAAAUAUGAACGUGUAAAAUUUAAGAGAAACACGCCUUUGUUGUUGGGUACAGAAGGAGCCAGGUGUUCAUAUUUCUUGUGUGUAGGGUUUUUCUCUUUUUCUUUGCGUUCCUGAUGUACCAUUGACGAUUUUUUUCUGUUACAUUUGGAUUUUUUUUUUUUCUUUUCAAAACUAACUGCAUUGGUUUUGUCUUGUUAAAAAGUGCAGUACAAAGAUGACCUGCAGAAUCACACCUUAAUUUGAUCUUUUCCAGUUUAAAAUCCUCAGUGUAGCAGCAGUGUACGACAACUAUUCCUGUAUAUUGCCUUUUUGCUGGAAAAUGUAUGUUGAAUAAAAUUUUCUAUAAAAACAAAAAAAA